AUGAGCCAACAGAUGUAUAUAGAUGUUGCUAAUGUAGUAACAAAGUUAAGAAUGUAUCCUUACUUCGAUUUAGCACAUUAUAUUUUGAUAAGCAUAGCAGUACGAGAGGAUAGCGAUAGUACUGCUAGUAGUACUACUAGUACUAUUACUGUUAAUGGUAAUAAUAAUACUAAUAACGAUAUUAACGACAAGAGUAGCAAAGCCAAAACCCUGAUUCAUCAACAGACAUCACCACCAGCAGGAUCAGAUCAGCUAGCUACACUGUUUUCCUGUAGACACCCUUUAUCCAGCUGGGUUUCGACAAUGCUGUUGUGCUUCGCCAGUAGUCUUAUGGUCAAUUUCCUACUGGGUGAACCAGUCAUCACACCAUUCAAGGAUCACAGAAACAUUGCCAUAGCUACUGCUGUUUGGUACCUGGUGAACUUUUCUCCAUUCGAUAUUGUGUACAAGCUCUGCAAGUUGCUGCCUAUGUAUUUAAUCAUCUGCAUAAUGGUGGAAAUUCGUCGAGCCCACAUGGUGUAUCAUGGGGUGCUGGUGACCAAGAAACUCUACCCUCGUGCUUAUUUCGUUAUUGUGCUGGUCGGAACCAUUAAAGGAUGUGGUGGUUGUUUCAUGAGAAACAUUUGCAGGCUUGUGAGAGGCAUUUGGAUACCAGAUACUAGUGAGAUCCUGCAACCCACUUUUGUCACAAAAGCCAGCUUGUUUGCCUCAGUCAUGUUCCUGUGUGAGAGACUUCAACUGAUUAAUGCAUCUCAUCCAGUAAUCUACUUGGGCAUAGUGAUCUUCUUCAUCUACUUUAGGAUCUCCUCAGUGCUACUGGGGGCACAUGACCCAUUUGUACCACUUGAAAACCUUUUCUGUAACAUCUUCAUGGGUGGUCACCAAGUGAUAGCCAGGCAGCUGGUUAGAGAAGAUUAA